CAUAGUUUUGACCAUUCAUACGUGUGAACUUGUCUAAGAAAACCUUCCAUUUGUCUAUGUGGCAUCCAUAAGUUGGGCCCCACGAGUGCCUGGUCCAAUUCUGGAUAUUGAAGUGAAAACACCAUAUAUUUUCACUCAAAUCCAUCCAUCCUGCAGAGCCUUUGUCUAUAUAAUCCAUUCACGACUCCACAUGUUCAUAUAUAUGAUGGAUUUCCCACAACCACCAUUAACACAACAAGAAAGCACCAUUACCAUUUUCUUUGCCCUCUUAUCUCUGCAACUGCAUUACAGAGAGUCUGGUGUGUCUGCCACUUUCCUGCAGUAGUUCUUCUCCUCUCGCAUUUGUCUGUUGUAUCGAUCGCCUGCUUCUUGAUUUACCUUUCUUGCUCAAACAGGAAGGAAAAUUCUCCCUUCAACUUUUUUGCUACUUUUCUUUUCAGACGUUAAUGACGCACUAGAUGCUGCAUAAGCUUCCUGCAUAUAUAGUCGUUAAAACAAAUAUUGUCAUAAGCAUAGGAAGAGAAAAGCGACAAAAAAAAGAAGAAAGCCACCAACCUCAGUACUAUUUAUAACCGUUCCCGGAGGCUCGCUUUACCCCUGCGGAAGAGUUUUAACACUCACUACUGUACCCUUUUGAGGAAUUCAAAAAUCACCAAAAAAAAAAAAAAAUGUCGUUUUCUUGUGCAAAAAGCUUCUUCAACCGGUUCUGUACCGAUGGACUUCAUAUGGAGAGUGCUGUUGGUGGCAGCUUCUUCUCUAGUAAUGAUCUCUUACCAUCACUUGGAGCCAGAAUCAACCAGGAAAAUAAGCUUCGACGACAUAUAAUUUCGCCUUUCAGUCCCCGCUAUAGGGCUUGGCAGAUGCUGCUUGUUGUUCUGGUCAUUUACUCCGCCUGGAUUUGCCCUUUCGAGUUUGCAUUUCUGCCUUACAAGCAAGAUGCGCUCUUUGUCUUCGACAACAUUGUCAAUGGCUUCUUUGCCAUUGACAUCGUUCUCACCUUCUUUGUUGCAUAUCUCGACAGCCAAUCCUAUCUUCUUAUCGACAACCCCAAGAAAAUCGCAGUCAGGUACAUAUCUACCUGGUUUAUUUUUGAUGUCUGUUCCACCGCACCAAUUCAGUCCAUCAGCCUCCUGUUCACAAAUCAUAGCGGUGAACUCGGGUUUAAAAUACUCAACAUGCUCAGACUCUGGCGUCUCAGACGAGUCAGCUCUCUGUUUGCAAGACUUGAGAAGGACAUUCGAUUCAAUUAUUUCUGGACGCGGUGCAUAAAGCUCAUUUCUGUAACCCUGUAUGCUGUACACUUUGCUGGAUGCAUAAACUAUCUGAUUGCAGACAGAUACCCUGAUCCAAAGAGAACAUGGAUUGGUGCAGUAAACCCGAAUUUCAAACAAGAUAGCCUUUGGGAUAGAUACGUAACUGCUCUUUACUGGUCUAUCACAACAUUGACAACCACCGGUUAUGGGGACUUGCAUGCUGAAAACCCCAGAGAGAUGCUCUUUGAUAUCUUUUACAUGCUCUUCAACUUGGGAUUGACUUCUUACCUCAUUGGAAACAUGACCAACCUUGUUGUCCACUGGACAAGCCGCACCAGAAACUUCAGAGACACAGUCAGAGCUGCUUCAGAAUUUGCAACAAGAAAUCAUUUGCCCCGUCCCAUACAGGAUCAGAUGUUGUCACACAUAUGUCUCAAGUUCAAAACACAAGGAUUGAAUCAACAAGAGACCUUAAAUGGCCUACCAAAAGCUAUCCGUUCAAGCAUCGCACACCAUCUCUUCCUCCCCAUUGUUCAAAAUGUCCCUCUCUUCGAAGGGGUUUCUCAUGACUUCCUUUUCCAAUUGGUUUCAGAAAUGGAGGCCGAGUAUUUUCCACCCAAUGAAAAUGUAAUUCUGCAGAAUGAGGCUCCAACAGAUCUUUAUGUACUGGUCUCAGGCGUGGUGCGUUUCCUGCGCAAUAUUGAUGGGUGUGAAAAGGUUCAUGGAGAGGCAAAUGCAGAAGAAUCGUUUGGAGAGUUUGAAGUCAUGUAUUCUAGGCCACAACGUUUUACUGUUCGGACGACUAAGAUUUCUCAAAUACUCAGACUCGGCAGAACUUCACUGAUGAACGCUAUACAAGCUAAUCCGGAGGAUGGGCACAAAGUUGUGAACAAUCUUUUCCAAAAACUGAAAGGGCAAGAAAGCUUAGGGUUUGAAAACGCACAGAAAGAUCCGGGGCUUAGAGGAAGCUGCUCACCCGAAGGGUAUCCGUCGAUGCAGGAAGUAAUGGACUUACAUUUCCCAGGACCAGAGGCUACAGAAAAGAGUGAAACAGACAAAAUCAAGACUUGUAGCAGAUCGGCAGUGGAUUUAAAUACGAUGGCUGAUCACGACGGGCAUCUUGAGAUGGUUAGUAUUCUGCUGGAAGGUGGCGUAAAUGUAAACAAACAAGAUGCCAGUGGAUGGACACCAAAAGCUCUAGCCCAACAGCAAGAGAACAAGAACGUGCAUGACCUCUCACUGAGUUCUGAAAAUAGAAGAAAAUCAGAUGAACACAGAAUAGAUUUAAUCGAGCCAGCAUCCGAUGACACCAGCAUGUAUAGUCAAAGAAUACACAGAAGAAAAGGCCCCCAAUCUGUUGACUCCCACUUAAAAAAGGAACCCACAAACUCCUAUCCAAGCAGAUUUUGUUGUCCCACUGAUGCAGGAGUGACUAAAAUGAUCAAGAAGAGAGUCACCAUCCACAUGAAGCUUCAACACAAUAGUACGUCACAGAGGCAGCUUGGGAGGCUAAUUAUCUUACCUGAUUCAAUAGAAGAGCUGCUCAAAAUAGCUGCGGCUUGUGAAACUGCAGGUGAGAAGUUCGGCGGCUACAAACCUACAAAAGUCAUUAGUGCGGAGAAUGCAGAAAUAGAUGACAUCAACGUCAUUCGAGAUGGUGAUCAUCUGUUUCUCCUUCAUAAUGAGUGUGAAAGUAUGGGCUGCAAUAUGACCUAAUUAUUAUUCAAAGGCAAUGAUGUAGAGAUGCAGACGACUUGUAACUUUUAGGCAAUGUAUAAUAAGUUGGUAACAAAAAUUUGAUUGCAUCAGUCGGUGAUUUUGAGUCUCCAUAGCCAGCAAUAGCACUGGAAAACUGGAGUCAAUUACAAAAAGGUGGAAUUUCACUCAA